AUGAAUGAUAUAAUACAAGAACUAGAGAGCCUAAAUUCUAGAAGCCUGAAAGAUCUAAUUGUUCAACAAUUUGAAAAUGUUAAAAUCUGCUUAGAAAAUGAAGACUUUAAACUAGCGAUAUACUAUAUGCCAACUCCAGAUAAUAUAAAAAAGCUAGGAUCGGAACAACUUGAAUUUUUUAAUAUAAAGAAAGAAUAUCUAAAUGCACAAUUACAAAUAUUAUGUUUGGGUUUAAAGGUGUUUGAAAACGGCCUCAAAAAACCCCUGUGUCAAAAGAUUAAACAAAUUUUCGAUCUUUUAGAGAUGAUGCAAAAGAAAACAAUUGACCUCUCUAAAAAAAAGAAUCCAAAUGUUCCAGAAAUUUUGAAAAUUCUAGAAAAUCUAGAGGAGAAAAACAACGAAAAAUAUGAAAAGCGAAAAAUUGAACCUAUAGAAUAUACUUUCAUUUCUAAUGGAUUUCUAAACCAUCUGAAAGAUCAAGAUGCUGGAGAUGGUGAAAAUAAAAUUAAAAAAAUGUCUACAGAGUUUUUUGAGAUUCGGGAAGAAUUAAGAAAAUCUGAUUCUUCUAUUCUUGUGCCUUUUAUAACUGGCUCCGAUUCUCUAACCAAAGAUAUAGACAAAGGGCGUAAAGAAGCUCUAGAAACUCUAGAAAAGAUAAUCCUUGAAAUAUCUCCAGAAUAUUUAUCACUUCAGCCAGAGAAAAAAAAGCGAAAAUUAAGUGAAGCCAGUGAUAAACCAUCAGAAGUAUUAAAGCAGCAGAAUGCUCCUAUCUAA